AAACAGAUGCCCCUUUGCAGACAGGGCUGUAGCAGGAAAGUAAGUCGGUUUGCCAUCUUAUAUCAGGUUACAUUUUUGUUUUUUCCCCCCACCCCUUUGCUUUUCUCCUCAGGUGGUUUCAGUAAGUUCCAGGCCGAGUUCGCCCUGCACUGCGAAACUAACCUAGACAGUUCGUGUAGCAGCAGCUCUCCUCCUUUGCCAGUCCUGGGCUUGGGAGGCCUCCGAAUCAGCUCCGAUUCCUCAUCAGACAUUGAAUCUGACAUUGACAGAGACCCCAAUAGUGCCACCGACUCCGAUGGCAGCCCCCUCUCCAACAACCAGCCUUCCUUCCCGGUGGAGAUUUUACCCUACCUCUACUUGGGCUGUGCCAAGGACUCCACUAACCUGGACGUUUUAGAAGAGUUUGGCAUUAAAUACAUCUUGAAUGUUACCCCCAACCUGCCUAAUCUCUUUGAAAACGCCGGCGAAUUCAAGUACAAACAGAUCCCGAUCUCUGACCACUGGAGCCAAAAUCUGUCUCAGUUCUUUCCCGAGGCUAUCUCCUUUAUAGAUGAAGCACGGGGGAAGAACUGCGGCGUCCUGGUGCAUUGCUUAGCAGGGAUCAGCCGCUCGGUCACGGUGACGGUGGCCUACCUCAUGCAGAAGCUCAACUUGUCCAUGAACGAUGCCUACGAUAUUGUUAAGAUGAAGAAGUCCAACAUUUCGCCCAACUUCAACUUCAUGGGUCAGCUGUUGGACUUUGAGCGGACUCUGGGGCUGAGCAGCCCCUGUGACAAUCGAGUGCCGAACCAGCAGCUGUACUUCACCACCCCUUCCAACCAGAAUGUCUUCCAAGUGGAUUCCCUGCAGUCCACGUGAGCUCCCACUGCCUCCCUUCUCCUGUCCUUUUCAUGGGAUCACUCCUCAAUGGUUUCUCUUUGGCAGUGAUAAAGAAAACGCAGCUUUCUCUUUUUUCUGGCCUCUGCUACCAAAAAGUAGCUGCCAGUGCAGGCUGGGAAAGGUUACACAGUAUGGAAUCGGCUAUUGCGAAGGGAGGAACGUGGUGAGCUCUCUGGGAAGGACCGUGGUGACCAGGCGGCAGGUGGGCAAGGGUGCUCAUCCCUGCUGGCGCGGUGGCUUGGGUCCGAGGACUUCCAGGGGGGGUAGGGUAAGGUUGGACAGGCUGAGCACGUGUUCUCCAGAGACUGGAACUGUCCUGCUGCCCUCUCCACUUUCGGAUCUGUGACACACAUCUCUGUCUUCAGUGAAGACUGGUUAUUUUUGUUUGUUUGUUUGAAUUUAGAGGAGCCAAAGAAAGAGAUUUCAGCUUAGUGUAUUGGGAGUACUUGUUUGCCGGGAGCUCGGUAGUAUUCUACUUGAUCAAUGUAAAUAUUUAAUCUUAAAUCAAUUUGCAAUUUUUUUUUUUUGAUUUCACAUAUAUUCAAGAAGUCAAUCCAAGGGACAUCUGUGUUUUUGUUCUCUUCAUAAAUUCUGCUUUAUUUGUGUUUUUUUCUUUAAUUGCAAAGAAUAUAUUUGCAGCAUGCGUUUAUUGUUCAACUGAAGCAAGCUUUCUAUGAGGGAGAAAUGGCAAUGGUGAGAAGUUUGCAAAUCAUGUUUUGUGAGCAACUGCAGUCUCUUCUUUCAUAUAUCUUUCCUUGUGGUGGUUUUCUUUUCCUCACAUUCUUGAUGUAGUUUCCACAUGAUAUAUAUAUUUUUUUUAAAUUAAAUUAAUUUUUUUGCCUUACCUUUUGUAAAUAGAUCAUCUGGGAGGAGGUUUGUCUUUGAAUGCGAAAGAUUUUUGAUCACUUUUUAAAACUUUCAGAUGUGCUAAACAGUGCAUUACCUCUGUACAAAUUCUUCAGGGAGCUUCACCUCAAAUGCAAUAUUUUGCAUCUUUUUCUUUUUCUUUUUUUUUUUUUUUUUUGUAUAAAACUGGAAGUGUGUGCGAGCAUUUGUACCUGUGUGUACGCACAGUGAACCUGCACAUGGUUGCCAAUAAGGGAGAGUCUAAUUCACGGUGUAAAAGUUUUAAGAUGGAAUUUAUUAUAAGAAUGUAAAACCUUAAAUUAUUAAUAAAUAAAUAACUAUUUUUGGCUAUUGA